AUGGCUUCCGCAAACGACGAAAGACUGGAACGCGUUAAAUAUUUGGAACAAAGGAUUAAGACUUUGAAAUCGUCCAUUCGGAGUUUAACCGAAUACGUGUCAGCGGGUAUUUAUCAGGAUUACGGUGAAUUUCACGAAGAAUUGGCCGAUUUAAAUCCCGAACACCCGUUACUCCUUGAAUUUGCGACUAUAGAAUCUAGUUAUUAUGAAGCGGCAACAAAGGUCACCGAGCUUCAAGCGCCCGCAGACCGCCGCAGUCUUCCAACCAAUUCCACUGCAAACUUCGGAAGUUUCAACGUUUCCGAGAGGCAGAUGUUGCCUAAAUUAAAGGAAAUCCCUGUCCCUUCGUUUGAUGGCGAUCAUACACAUUGGGCGUAUUUCAAAAACAAAUUCAUUGCUUUAGUUCACUCCCGAGACGACAUUAGCGACGCCGUAAAAUGCAGUCAACUGCUUACAGCGUUAACGGGAAAUGCGUUAGAGAAGGUUAACCAUUUUGAUCCAAGCGAUGAGGAUUAUCCUCGUGCGUGGAAAACUCUGCUCGAUUUCUAUGACCAUAAGCGUAUCACCGCCAGUCAUCACUUGAACGCUCUUCUGGAUCUUCCCAAAUGUUCACAAGCAUCUGCUGAACAGCUCGCUAAAUUGUUGGACGGAGCUAGACAGCAUCUUCACAUUCUUGAACGUUUAGGUUUACCUAACAUUGCCGAUACCGUGCCCAGCGAUACCUUUCCUCGCGAGCUCUUUGACAUUCCCAAAGACGUUUCGCUAGCUGAUCCUCAGUUUCAUCUACCAAAGCCUGUCGACCUUUUGUUGGCCUCUAAUACCACAUUUUCGGUGUUAUGCGUCGGUCAAAUCCAUCGAAACCAUCGAUCGUCCUCCAUUAUCCUCCAGAAAACUUCUCUAGGAUGGGUAGUGGCGGGCGGCUCUGGGUUGACGUCUUCCUCCAAUCAGGGAGUUUGCAACGUGGUGAAGCUCGACAAGCUCAUCGAGAGAUUCUGGAUCAUUGAAGACUUCGAUCAUGAGCCAUGUAAAUCUCGUGACGAGAAGGCUUGCGAACAACACUACGUUGACAACACCACUCGUGAUCCCUCCACCGGACGAUAUGUUGUGCGAUUACCCUUCCGAGAUAAUAAGUUCAGUCUCGGAGAGUCGAAACAACGAGCGUUGCGGAGAUUUUAUAGUUUGGAAAGGCGAUUUUCGUCGGACCCCACUCUGAAGGCCGAAUAUUCCAAGGUCAUGGACGAAUAUAUCUCGUUGGGUCACAUGACCUUGUGCACUGAACAAUCCACUGGAGAUGAGUACUUUCUUCCUCACCAUGCAGUGGUAAAGGAGUCCAGUGAAACCACCAAACUUCGUGUCGUCUUUGACGCUUCGGCGAAAACCUCCACCAAUUUGUCUUUGAAUGAUGUUCUCAUGGUUGGUCCCACUAUUCAGAACACUAUUUUCGAACAACUCCUUCGAUUUCGGACUCAUCAAUAUGUUCUUACCGGGGACAUUGAAAAAAUGUACCGACAAAUCCUCGUUCAUCCUGACGAUCGUCGAUUCCAGAAGGUUUUCUGGUAUCACGAAGGUAAAUUGGCAGUGUUUCAUUUGAACACGGUAACCUUCGGUGUAGCCUGCGCCCCUUUUUUAGCGAUUAGGACGAUUCAUCAGCUAGCUCGUGACGAGGCUCAAAACUUUCCUCGAGCUAGUGAACUUCUCUUCAGAGACUUCUAUGUUGACGACUUCAUUUCCGGUGCUAACUCCCUUGAAAAUCUCAUCUCAAUUCGGGACGAGAUGAUCUCCUUGCUCAAGGUAGGGGGAUUUCUCAUCCGAAAAUGGUCUUCGAACCAUCCUGAAGCUUUCAAUGCCUUCGAUCAGUCGACCUUUAAUUUGGAUUGUCUGGUUAAGGGAGAUGUCCUGCAGAAGACGCUGGGAAUCGUUUGGCAUUCCCAAGCCGAUCUCUUUGGUUACUCUCUCGACCAGGUCGAUGCUCAGGUUCUCUCGACUAAACGAAAACUCGUCUCUGAGUUGGCCAAAAUAUUUGAUCCCCUUGGGUUAGUCGGACCGGUAAUCUUAUACGCCAAAGUCUUAAUUCAAGACUGUUGGAAGGCGAAGAUUAACUGGGACGAUCCUCUGCCUCAACACAUCCAUACUAAGUGGAAAUUAUUGGCGAAUCAACUUCCUCUCUUAAAGAACUUUUCAAUUCCUCGUCAAUUCUUGCUUCCGAAUCCUACAAGCGUCGAAAUCCACGGUUUCUGCGAUGCCUCACAACAGGGUUACGGUGCUUGUCUCUUCGCGAGAUCGACAGAUGCCCAUGGAGCGGUAUUGGUCAGACUUAUUUGUAGUAAGUCCAAGGUCGCUCCCUUGGGUGGAGUCACGAUCCCGCGAUUAGAGCUGUGCGCAGCUACUCUCGUCAAGAAACUCCUAGUUCAAUCCAAACCUCAAUUCGACUUCCCAAUUCAUCGAAUUGUUCUGUGGUCGGAUUCGACUAUCGUUCUAUGUUGGUUAAGAAAGGCUCCACACUUGCUCCGAACUUUUGAAUCCAACAGAGUCGCAGAGAUCCAGUCUUUAGGAGAUCUAGCGACUUGGAGACAUGUUCGGUCUGAAGAUAAUCCUGCGGACGCUCUUUCGAGAGGUCAGCUACCGAGUGAGUUGGAAGAAAAUUCUAAAUGGAUAGCUGGUCCCGCUUGGCUUUCUUCACCAGAAAGGGACUGGCCUCCAUCUUUCGAUCCCUCUAACAGGGAAAUCCCCGAUUUAGCUCCAGCGACUUGUUUAGUCACUACCAGUGCAGCAUCCUUUGAAGACAUAUACUCUAGAUUUUCCUCUUUCGAAAGGUUCCUUAGAGUCUUUACUUAUUUGUUCCGUUGGAAAUCUCGAACCCAUUGUGUUCAGAAACCAAUGAGAUUGUGUCCUGAAAUCGUAGAUGAAGAACAGCGCAUAAAUCAGAUUAUUAAUCUGAUUCCUCCAUUACAGCCGUCUGAGAUCCGACGGUCGGAAUGUGAGAUAGUAAAAUUGAUCCAAAGGGAACGGUUCAAACUUGAAUUUCAUCGCUUAGAAACAUCAACCAAAGGCUCCAAAUUAGGAACUCCUUUUGACAAUCUCAAUCCUUUCAUUGGGACUGACGGGGUGAUUCGAGUAGGAGGUCGUUUGGAUCGGUCUAAAAUCCCUUACGACCAACAACAUCCAAUGAUCCUCCCUCAAAAUCACCACGUAACUCGCAUCAUCAUUCGACACUUUCAUGAGACUACUCUCCACGCUGGUGUUCAAACCACCCAUUAUGCCAUUCGAGCAAGAUUUUUUAUUCUUAAUGGCAAGAGUCAGGUUCGAUCUGUUCUUCGUCAUUGUGUUAAAUGCAUCCGCUGCAAACCUCCUUUGAGUAAUGCUCCAAUGGCUAAUCUGCCGGAAGCUCGUGUGAGCGAAUCCUACGCUUUUCAGCAUACCGGCGUCGAUUUUUUUGGCCCGCUCAGUGUCAAGGAGAAGGCCCACAAAAAUAGAUCCUUCAUCAAAUGUUAUGGGUGCGUUUUCGUGUGUCUUUCGUCGAAGGCGGUUCAUAUAGAGUUGGCCACCGAUCUUUCCUCGAAGGGAUUUUUGGUCGCAUUUCGUCGUUUUCUCCAUCGCAGAGGGGUCCCAUCACGGAUGUACUCUGACAAUGGAACAAACUUCGUGGGGGCCAAUAAAGACCUUUUGGAGAUCUAUCAGCUCUUUGAAACUGAAGAAUUCAAAGGAGACAUACGAAAUUGCGCAUUAUCUCAUCGCAUUGAUUGGCACUUCAAUCCUCCUGUAUCGCCUCACUUUGGUGGAUUGUGGGAAGCUGCCGUGAAAAGCUUCAAACACCACCUUAAACGUGUCGUUAACAAUCAGUUUACCUAUGACCAACUAGAAACCCUCUUGAUCGAGAUAGAAGGAAUCUUGAAUUCUCGCCCGCUCUGUGUUCUUUCUUCCGACCCUAAUGACCCUCUUGCGUUGACUCCAGCUCACCUAUUAAUAGGUCGUCCGAUCAACGCCUUACCAGAAACUUCUUUGAUUUCAGUUCCAGAAAAUCGACUAUCCACUUACCAAGUUUUGUCUAGAUCUAGACAGGCCUUUUGGGAAAGAUGGCAUAAGGAGUAUCUCCACGAACUCCAGGUUCGACAAAAAUGGCUCCACCCCACCGCUGAACUUAACAUUGGAGACGUCGUGCUUUUGAUCGAAGAUAACGUUCUUAGCGGUAGAUGGCCUCUGGGUGUGAUCAUCGAGGUUUUUCCUGGAGAUGACGGCGUUAUUCGAGUUGCAUCUGUCAAGACAUCGACUGGAAUAUACAAACGCAACAUCACCCGUUUAUACAAGCAGCAUGAGACAAACAAUCAUCAGAUACACUUUGAUGUAAAUUCUAAAACUGUUAUUGGUUCGUUGAAUGCUGGAAUAGAUAAUACACAUGUAAAUAAAAUGUUGGCUGCAUGGAAUAUGCCAGCAUUACAUUGGACAACCUUUAAAGCUCAUGAGAAAGAGGUAGGAGUUUCUAUCGAAGAAAUGCCCUGGGAAAGUUUAAAAAAGCAACAUUAG